AUGUUCCGCGUGGUCCUGUUCGGGUCGCGCAAUGAUGCAUCGCGCAGUGCCGCCGCCUUUGACCCUGCCCGAGACAUCCCGUCUCUGGCAGGCAAGGUAAUCAUGAUCACGGGAGCUGCGGGCUUCCUCGGUCGGCAGACGGCUAUUGAAUUGGCUCGCUACGGCCGGCCUGCGCGCAUCUACAUCGCAGACCUGCCCCGUGACGCAGAGGCCAAGAUAGCUUUGGCCAAGCAGAUCACCACACCUACCGAGAUUCGAUUUGUCGACUUGGAUCUUGCGUCUUUAGAUGCCGUCCGAGAUUGCGCCGCGAACUUUAUCGCCCAAGAAGAGCGGCUAGACAUCCUCUUCUUGAACGCAGGCAUUAUACGCGUCUCAGCUGCAACAACGAAGGAAGGUUACGAGGCUCACUUCGGCAUCAAUUAUCUCGGCCACGCGCUUCUAUCUAAGUUGUUGUUACCAAUACUGCGGCAUACUGCGGAGGAACCCGGCGCCGACGUACGUGUGGUCGUUGUCUCAAGCGAGGGCCAUUUGAUGGCACCGACAAAUGGCAUUGACUUCGAUUCAGUGAGGAGUGACUGCGCAGGCAUGCAUUAUGCAAAACGCUACGGGCAGAGCAAAGUAGCCCUCAUCGGCCUGACAAAAGAGCUCUCUCAUGAUUAUCCUCAAUUCAAAGUAGUUGCGGUACAUCCUGGGAGAAUCUUGACGGGUAUGGCAGAGUCGCUGCGAAAAGAGAGUCUCCUGACUCGUCUAACUUUGCCUAUUGCACCAUUAUUCUGUGUUCCGGUAACAGUGGGGAUCAGGAACCACUUAUGGGCCGCAACGAGCUCAGAUGUUCUCACCGGCAUGUACUAUGAGCCCGUGGGUGUACCCGGAAAACAGUCAGCUGCAGCAAAGGAUGAGAACUUUUCCAAGAGGCUCCGGACGUGGACGGACGAUGCCUUGAGUGCAAUCACGCCGCUUGAGUAGCCAUCUAAUACAUUGAUGGGGGUACAUGAUUGACGCUUCCAUCUGCUGCGUGCCCCUGUAGCAUCCGAGAAGCUUUUGUAUCAUCUUAGGUGGCUCUGCCUAAUUUUAAUAGUGGUAAACAUAGCAGGAAGAUCAUCCUAGCGGCGAAAGAUGUACAUUAUGAGGUAGAAUGCAGGUCUAUAUAUGAGCAGCAGAAGACCAUCCAUUUGAUUUUAGCCAGUAGUUGGUGCAGUAAGCAUACAAUCAACCGUGUC